AUGGAGCCGGGGAUGCUGGGUCCACACAACCUUGCACAUCAUGAGCCAAUCAGCUUCGGCAUCGAUCAGAUCCUGAGCGGCCCCGAAACCCCGGGGGGCGGCCUAGGCCCGGGUCGUGCCGGCCAGAGUCCUGGGGAGAGUGGGGCGUUCUCGGGUGGAUACCACGGAGCUUCGGGCUACGGUCCCGCCGGCUCACUGGCCCCGCUGCCCAGCAGCUCCGGAGUGGGCCCGGGCGGCGUGAUCCGUGUCCCUGCGCACCGCCCGCUGCCCGUGCCACCACCCGCGGGGGGGGCACCUGCGGUGCCUGGGCCCUCGGGUUUGGGCAGCGCCGGAGGCCUAGCGGGACUCACCUUUCCCUGGAUGGACAGCGGCCGCCGCUUUGCCAAGGACCGGCUCACGGGUGAGGUUGUCUGA